ACUCAAAGGACAUGGUUACCGUUCCCCUCCUCCUCCUGCUUCUCGUGCAUCUCGCCGCUGCGCAAUGGCAAAAGUGCGGCACCAGCGGCAACUACACACCAAACGGCACCUACCAAUCUAAAUAAAAGCCCUCCUCUAUUAUCUUCUGGCCACGUGAACAUGAACAUGGCUACCCUCCCCAUCCUCCUCCUGCUCCUCGCGCCUCUGGCCGCUGCACAGACUUUGGGGCAAAUCUGCGGCAACGGCGGCAACUACACAUCUAAUAGCGCCUACCAAGCCAACCUCAGGCUCCUCUCUUCCACCCUCCCCAAAAAGGCCGCGUCCAACACCACCCUCUUCGCCACCGCCACCGCCGGCGAUGUUCCGGACAUCGUUCACGCCCUUACGCUCUGCCGCGGCGACACGAGCGCGUCCGUCUGCGAGAGCUGCGUGGCAACCGCCUUUGAGGACGCCCAGCAGCUCUGCGCGUACAAUAAGGAAGCCGCCGUGUACUACAAUCCCUGCAUGCUCAGGUUCUCCAACCAGAAUUUUCUGGCUACCACCAUCUAUGACACUGACAUGAUCAUCCUUAUAAACACCCAAAACUUCACGACAAGUGCCGACAUAACCAAACGGUUAUUGUUCACGCUUCUCAACAACACUUCCGAAACGGCUGCAAACAGUUUGAGGAGGUUCACGAGCUCGCGCUUAGAUGUUAGCUCAUUCCCGACGCUGUACUGCCUUAUGCAGUGCACGCCCGACCUGACAGCCAACGAGUGCGCGGCCUGUUUCCAGCCUUUCCCCCAGUUAACGCUCCAGUACAUGGACAGUAGGCAUGGUGGUCAACUUCUGGGGACACGGUGUAGCAUGAGGUAUGAGAUAUACCCAUUCUUCAGUGGGGACCCUACGCUGCGUAUACUCAACUUGGCACCUGAAGUUCCGGAGAUCAACAACACUACGAUACCAGCUAUCGUCUACCCACAAUCGCAGCCACCAGCUGCGGCGCCACCACCGGAGGGAAAAGCGACGGUCCAAGAACAGAACGGAGGCAAAUCACCCAAGAGGGCGCUGUGGAUUAUUUCUGUGGUGGCUCCAUUGCUGUCAAUAUUUAUGUGCAUUACCUGUUUGGUUGUAUGGAUGAAAAGACGGAGAAAAGGAAAGUCAAACUCAAACAAUAAAGCUGCCACAAAUAGGCCGGAAGAAUACGCUCUGGUUUGGAGAUUGGAGGAGAAGAGUUCAGAGUUCACACUAUUUGACUUUCCUGGGAUAUUGCAAGCUACAGGCAACUUUUCCAACGAAAAUCUACUUGGGCAAGGUGGUUUUGGCCCUGUCUACAAGGGCCAACUACCAGAUGAAAUGGAAAUUGCAGUUAAAAGGCUUGCUUCACAUUCAGGACAGGGUUUCACAGAAUUCAAUAAUGAAGUUGAACUUAUUGCAAAACUACAACAUAACAAUUUGGUCAAACUGUUGGGAUGCUGCGUUCGGGGAGAGGAAAAAGUAUUGGUGUAUGAGUAUUUGCCAAAUAAGAGCUUGGACUUCUUUAUAUUUGAUGCAAACAGAACAAUUUUGGUUGAUUGGAAAAAGAGACGUGUGAUAAUCGAAGGGAUAGCCCAAGGUCUUUUGUAUCUUCAUAAGCACUCUCGAUUGCGCAUCAUACACAGAGACCUUAAGGCCAGCAACAUUCUCUUGGAUCAGGACAUGAAUCCUAAAAUUUCUGAUUUUGGCCUAGCAAAAAAUUUCAGCGCCAAUGAUACUGAGGGAAGCACAAAGAGGGUAGUGGGAACAUAUGGUUAUAUGGCUCCGGAAUAUGCAUCUGAAGGCAUUUACUCGAUCAAAUCUGAUGUGUUCAGCUUUGGUGUAUUACUUCUUGAGAUCCUUAGUGGGAAAAGGAAUUCUGGUUUCCAUCAGUACGGAGACUUUCUUAACCUUCUUGGAUAUUCAUGGCAACUAUGGGAAGGAGGACGAUGGCUUGAGCUUCUCGAAGUCUCAAUUGUUAAGGAGAUCCAUACAACAGAGGCUAGGAGAUACAUUAACAUUGCACUCAUGUGCGUACAAGAGAACGCAGAUGAUUGACCCACCAUGUCAGAUGUUGUUGCAAUGUUAAACAGUGAGAGUGUUAUUCUCCCAGAGCCUAAUCAUCCAGCAUACUUCAACUUAAGGGUAUCUAAGGUACAUGAUUCGGCUAGUGUUGUUGUCCCAUGUAGCAAUAAUGAUAUAACCAUCACUGAGGAGCCAGAUGGCAGAUAGUUGAUUACUUUGCUUCAGUUGUUUUUAUCCGAGUUGUACACUAAUUCACACCAAACUUGAGAUGUUCUGAAGUUUAUCAUACUAUUCUCC